GCAUCGCUUAGGUUUCGGAAACUCGCGUGCGGGACGGCUGGCAGAGCCACGCGAUCGUCUCCGUCCUCACCGCCGUCAUCCUCUCUCUGUUGCUCUCGCUCUCUCCGUCACAGGCGUGCAAGGGGAAAGGGAAACCGAGGGAAAAAUGAAUUCCAGGAAAACGGAACCCAGGUUGCGCUCUAUGGGCGAGGGGAGGAGGGAGGGUUGUGAGCCGGUGCCAUAGAUUCGACCUCGACAUCCCGGAAAGCCAGACGAUCUCCGGCAACGGAAAUGUACUCGACCGUCGUGAUCCACUCCGACGAUGAAGAGGAAGCCGGAGUGAGCGAUCGGCAGGACGAUGCCGACUUGUACGCCACCGUCGUUCGGAGGGACGACGUCGAGAACGACGAUUCCUACCUCCCUCCCCUCCUCCAACGCCUCCCGAAGGACUUCGACGCAGCUGUCGACGACGACGGCGAGGACGACGAAGAGAUCGGCGGUUCGGGGACAGUCGUCAUUCGCCGGAACCGUACGCCUCGGAAAUCCUAUCUCAGGGAGAGGAAUUGGGGGGUUUCGAGGAAGGCCGACCAGGAGGAGGAUCCCUACUCGACGUUUGUGGUGAAGUCAAACGAGAACAGCCCUCGCGAUUCUUUUCUUGGGACAAUGAUCCGCCGGACUGGCGGUGGUGGAAGCGGGCUCCCGUUUGCGAUGGUCAGUGGCUGGCGGCAGGAGGAGGGAGCUGCGCAGGGAGGGUUUCUGCAGCAGAGGAAGGACGCUUUUGGCGUCGAUGAGGGUACGAGGAAGUCGGUGAGAAAGGGUUCAGUGAGCUCGGUUCCGGAUAGCGUCGUCGUCAGGGAGGAUCCUUCAACGAAGUAUGAGUUGCUCAAUGAGCUCGGGAAGGGCUCAUAUGGGGCUGUUUAUAAAGCUAGAGAUUUGAAGACGUCAGAGUUAGUUGCAAUUAAAGUUAUAUCCCUAAGUGAAGGGGAAGAAGGUUAUGAAGAAAUCCGUGGUGAAAUCGAAAUGCUGCAGCAGUGUAAUCAUCCAAAUGUUGUCCGAUAUCUUGGAAGCUACCAAGGAGAAGAAUAUCUUUGGAUAGUAAUGGAGUAUUGUGGUGGUGGAAGUAUUGCUGAUUUAAUGAAUAUUACAGAAGAACCUUUGGACGAACAGCAGAUUGCCUACAUCUGUAGGGAAGCCCUGAAGGGAUUAUCAUAUUUGCACUCGAUUUUUAAGGUUCAUAGAGAUAUAAAAGGUGGCAAUAUCUUGCUGACAGAACAAGGAGAGGUAAAAUUAGGGGAUUUUGGUGUUGCUGCGCAGCUUACAAGGACUAUGUCAAAACGCAACACGUUUAUUGGUACUCCUCAUUGGAUGGCUCCUGAGGUUAUUCAAGAAAGCCGUUAUGAUGGAAAGGUUGAUGUUUGGGCCCUUGGUGUAUCUGCAAUUGAAAUGGCUGAGGGGCUUCCACCAAGAUCCACUGUGCAUCCAAUGAGAGUACUGUUUAUGAUAUCAAUUGAACCUGCUCCUAUGCUUGAGGACAAAGAAAAAUGGUCUUUAGUCUUUCAUGAUUUUGUAGCAAAGUGCCUUACUAAGGAGCCUCGUGCACGUCCUACCGCAAUAGAGAUGCUAAAGCACAAGUUCAUUGAAAAAUGUAAAUGGGGAGCCUAUAUAAUGUUACCCAAAAUCGAAAGAGCUAAGCAGAUCAAAGCUGCAAUUGCUGCCCAAGCACCUGCAGUUGUUUCAGAAUCUUCAGCUGUCAAUGAAGAUUAUGGUGAUACCGUACCAUCCAGGCCCAACAGAGUUCUGGGUGAAGAGGGACAAGAUGCAGUCAAUGUUGAGGAUAAGCUUGGACAGAGAAGUACAACUGCUGUUGAGGAAGAUACAGGAGCAGGUGAUUUUGGGACCUUCAUAGUCCAUACAUCAGAAACUUUACGUGUCACAGAUAUGGGUGCACCAACUUCCACUACCAAUCUGGCAACUUCCUCUGUCAAAGAUUCCAAAAUCGCUUCUUCAGAUGUGAAUGGAGAGGAGUCAACAGAAAUUAUGAAAGAGAAGGCAAAAGAGACACUGGAAUUGGAGGUGGCAGCCGACAGGAAAACCUUACAAGAUAUUGCUGCUUCAGAGCAAAGCCUGCAGCCAGAUGUCUCUUCUCAUAUGCUGCUCGGUGGUGGUGGUACAUUCAAGUCCUCAGGCCACCAAGGUUUUGCUUUGCAGGAUAAGUUAUGGUCCAUCUAUUCAGCUGGCAAUACCAUUCCUGUGCCAUUUUUAAAAGCAACAGACAUAUCCCCACUUGCUUUGGUGUCAAACCAUAUAAGUAGUAGUGAAUCUAGAGCUGGUAGUAAUUUUGCACUGGAGGCUAUUCAAGAGCUUUACAAUGGUGAGAGUCAAUCGAAAAAGGGCAGGAGGUCACAAAAUAACGAGAUUCCUCUUCCAACAAGUGUGUCUCAAAGACUGGCAGCUAGUUCAACUCUUCGUAACCUCGCACAGGCCUUGGCCUACCAUAAAAUGUGCUACGAGGAAAUGCCGCUUCAAGGGCUGCAAGCUGCACAGGAGCAGCAAACCAUUCAGAACCUUAGCGAUACGCUUAGAACUAUUUUGCGCUUGUAAUCUAUACCACUUAAUGAAUGUGUCUGUCAUCUUGUUCUUUAUUUUUUCUCCAUCUUUUUAUAGGCUGUAUCAGCAGGGAGCAUGUUUUCAGCCUUAUUUGCUUUCUAAUGGGCAUCAAUUUGCUGUAUGUUCUCCUGUACAUGUCAAUCUUUACAUUUUAUGUCAUUAGCCUUCUUUUAGUGGCUAGUUUGCAAUCUUGGUUCUGUUUCUUGCAAUUUUUUUUUACUUGCAAGCAACAGAGUGAUUAUCAUUGUUGAAUCAAGGUACGAUCAUAAUUUAUGCAUCAA